AUGGCAGGACACUGCACCCUCAACGCCUAUCUCUCCAUCUCAUUCGGUGUUCGCCAGCAGUCUGCCACGUCGGUGCAUUCUCCGCGUCAAAUUGACUGGCGUGACGUGCCCGUGGUUUACCCUUUCCGCAGAACGGAGGAGGGCGGUUGGAUGCCGCCCUACGAGCCCGAUCGGCCCGAGAAUCCUUAUCGCAAAGGCUUCAAAACCACCAUCUACCUGCACGAGCCACCGCUGAAUUUUUUCGACGUUGAUGAGGAAGACACAGUUGGACCAGCACCUGAAGUAAUUGAUACGCGCGACCUCCAUCUGAAGACUUUGGUCGAUGCCUGUCUAUCAUCCCGAAUUUGCAAAGGUACAACCCAUGAAGAUCAAUCGCAUCAGUUCGAAAUCGUUGGCGAGAUUGCCGUAAGAGACACGCACGGCGCCCAGAUCGUGGUGUGCAAGCUGGACGAUAACCCAACGACUUAUGUCGCCAAAAUAUACGACCCUCUGUACUAUUCUUUUGUGGACCAGGAACUCUCAUUUAUGCCGCGUUCCACAACGGUCCAGGCCGACCAGGAUUACUGCACCGAGGCCAAUGUUUACGCAGGAGUUCGGUACACCUCACUGGCUGGUCAUGAAAUACCAGCAUAUCACGGCUCGUUCACCUUUGACAUACCAUUGGAUUUGCCCGAGCCUCGAGGGCGAUACAUGCGCCCAGUGCGAUUGAUAAUUAUGGAGCAUAUCCAAGGGGCAAAGUGCAUGGAUGAUAUGGAUCCAAACUCUCUGCCUGAGAGUUUGCGCCUCAGCAUUAUGGCCCAGGUCUCUGCCGCCAGAAUCGGGCUUACGAACUGUGGCGUGAGACACAACGACGUUUGCGAGCGUAAUAUUCUUAUCCGCCUCCCCAAAAAUACAGAAAAAGGUUGCGGCGAUGAAAGGGACGACGAUGCAUCCCUUCGAGUGGUCCUGUUUGACUUCAACGUUUCUUCGUACGAUUGGUUGCCGGAAAAGGGCUGGGGUCUCGACGAUGACGGCGAAUACAAGAACGCCGUCCUCGUCAGGCCGCAAUUCUGGCCCAAAAACCUCCCUCGACAUCCGGCACGCGUCUACUGGAACCAAAUGGAGGCUACUUACGGCUUUUGGCGUGAGUGGUGGCCCGAUUCCUGGCGCAAGGCAACGUCUAUCGCUGAAUGGAACGCUUGGCUGCUCGAACAAUGGACAGAUGAUCGUCUUUGGAAGCCAGUCUGGGAUUGCUUGAUGCGUGCCGAGGGCCCACUUGAACCUAGCAAGGAGGGGUUUUUUGUUCCGGAAGAAGACGAGGAGGGUGAAUCUGCAAGAGAGGAGGAUGAAGAAACCAACUGGCCAUACGAACCAGAGACAGACGACAGAGAAGCAUCCGAAAAAGAGCUGUACGACAGAGAGGCGUACGACCAGGAGGCAUACGAUCAGGAGGUAGACGGCAGAGAGCCAUACGAUCACGAGGCAUACGACAGAGAGCUAUACGACAAAGAGGGAUACAACAGAGAGGCAGAAGAUCAGGAGGCUCACGAGGCAGAUAAAGACGAACCGGAGCAAGGUAGAAGCAAUCCUGGAGCCCAAACAGACGCGGAUUCGGACGCCAAGCGUACAAAGAGGAAAGAGCAGGAGCAGAUGCCCGCUCUUACGCCUGAGGAAUCGAGUGCCUCAUCAGAAAACGGGCCGGAUACCGUCCCAGAUGACAGCACCUCCAAUGCCCCAGAGGCCCUUGUCAAGAGCAGCAAAGACCAGCAUUCUCUGUCCGCCCAUGAGGAUGUUGUGGCUCAAGACGGUCCCAGUCCUUCCCUUUCGGCCGAGAGCAAGGAACAUGAUGAGCCGGAAAUUAUGGACGAUAAUGAACGAUCGAGGUAA